AUGAACCCCAACUUCCUGUCGGGCGGCCAAAGCCUCAACCCCGCGCUGCAGCAGCAGGCCCAGCAGCUGCCGCCUCAGCAACCACAGCUCUCGCCGCCGCUGCCGCAGCAAGGCGGCCUUGGCAAUGGACUGACCGCGCAGGGGUCGCUCCCAAUGGACCACCUGAACCCCCUGGGGCUGCCGAAAGCCGGGGAUGCCGGUAUGCCUCGCGUGCCGUCGCUACAGGGCGCCGGUCUUGGGGGCCUUGCGGGUCUGAUGCCUAGUGGCCUCAGCGGCGGCCUGCAGGGCCUGUCAAACGGCAUGCAGCAGCAACAGCAGCAGCAGCAGCAGCAGCAGCAGCUAGGGUUGCAGGCGCAGCAGCCCACUCUGCAGCAGCAGCUGGGCGCUGCGGGAUAUGGCGCUGGUGGCCUGAGCAACCUGCAACUGCAACAGCUGCAGCAGCAGCGCCUGCAGCAGCAGCUCCAGCAGCAGCUCCAGCAGCAGCAGCUGCAGCAGCAGCUGCAGUCGCAACAGCAUGCACGGCAGCAGCAGCUGCAGCAGCAGCUCCAGCAGCAGCAACAGCUGCAGCAGCUGCAGCAGCAACAGCGCCUCCUGCAGCAACAGCAGCAGCUACAGCAGCAGGCGCAGCUGCAGCAGGUGCAGCAGCAACAGCAGCUGCAGCACCAGCAGCAGCAACAGCAGCUUGGCGCGGCGGGCCUGGCGGGGCUUGGCGGCGGCGUGUCUGCGCAGCAGAUGUUUCUGCUCAACAACCGCAACUCGCAAGCCAGCUCGAUCGGUGGUGCCGCUGCGGUCGCGGGCCUGCUGCCCCCCAACGGGCAGCUGCUCCAGAACAACAUAGCGGCGGCAGCGGCCGCCACGAACCCCACGCUGGCGGUCAAUGCGGCGCAGCAGCGGCAGGCACAGCUGCUGGCCGCCGGGCUGAUGCCAGGGCUGCAGGGCGGCGCGACUGCGCAGCAGCUCCAGCAGCAGGCGCUGCAGCAGCAGCUGCUGAAGGGCCUCCCCACCAGCCAGGCGCUGCAGCAGGCGUUCGGUGGCGCCACGGCGCAGCAGCUGCAGGGCCUGCAGCAGCAGCAGGCCAAUGCGGCGCUGCUGCAAAACCUGGCGCGCCAACAGGCGGCCGCGCGCGAGCGCGAGCUUGCCCAGGCGGCCGCGAUGCAGCAGCUGCGCCAGAGCCAGGCCGCCGCCGCGGCCGUGGCGAUGCAGCAGCAGCGGGAGCAGCAGCAGCGCGAGCACCAGGCGAAGCUCCUGGCGCUGCAGCAGCAGAGCGCGGCGCUCGCCGCCGCUGGGCAGCAGGGCGGCCUCAAUCAAGCGGCCCUCAUGGCGGCCCUGCGCAAUUCCCAGGUCGCGGCGGCCGCGGCUGUGCAGCAGCAGCAGCAGCAGCAACAGCAGCAGCAGCAGCAGCAGGCGGCGGCGGCGCACGCUGCGGCCAACAACCUGUACCUGUCCAGGAUGAUGGCCCAGGCCGGCGCCAAGCCCGGCGACGCCGCGGCCGCGGGCCUGCUCCCGCAGCAGCUGGCCGCCGCUGCCGCUGCUCAGCGGCAGCUCGCGCUCGCUGGCGGCUCGCCGCCCGGCGCGUACGGCCUCGCGGGCGGCGGCGCGCCGGGCGCCGGGUUUGAGCCGGCGCGCAACGUCGGCGUCAUCGGGCAGGACAGGGGCAAGCGGCCGUCCUCCGACCUGGGGGUCGCAAACUCCCUGGGCUUCGACCCCGCCGUCGUCGGCCUCAUCCAGCGCCCCGCGAGCGCGG